AUGAAGUUGUCCUUGGCGUCGUCGGCUAUUGCCGUCAGCUUGAUGGGCGUCGCACAGGCUCAGAUGGCACAGUUCACCCUCGACACGCCCGCAAACAUCAAGAAGGCUGCCAGCCAAGUUGCCUGGAACCUACUGCAGUACUAUCACGGUAACGAGACUGGCCAGACCCCCGGUAUCCUGCCAGGACCGCCAGCAUCAGGUCUGGGACCAUAUUACUGGUGGCAGGGCGGUGCCAUGUGGGGGGCCUUCAUCGACUAUUGGUACUACACGGGCGACACGACGUAUAACGACCUGGUCAAGAGUUCCAUUCUGUUCCAGACCGGCGAGAACAACGACUUCAUGCCGAGAAACUAUACGGCCUCAAUGGGAAACGACGACCAAGGAUUUUGGGGCAUGACGGCCAUGACGGCAGCCGAAACCGUCUUCUCCAACCCCGCCGCGGAUCAGCCGCAGUGGCUCGCGCUGGCCCAGGCCGUCUUCAACUCCAUGGCCACGCCGGACCGAUGGCAGAGCAACAUCUGCGGUGGCGGUCUGCGCUGGCAGGUCCCCUUCUCCAACAAGGGAUACGACUAUAAGAACACGAUUGCCAACGGCUGCUUUUUCAACAUCGGUGCCCGCCUCGCCCGCUACACAGACAACAGUACCUACGCUGAGUGGGCCGAGAAGACGUGGGACUGGAUGGAGGGAGUAGGAUUCAUGGGGACCGACAACGAGGCACUCUACGACGGAGCGCACGUUGAAACAAACUGCACCGAUAUCAACAAGGAGCAGUACUCAUACAACAACGCUGUAUUCCUCCAGGGUGCUGCUUUCAUGUACAAUUAUACCGAUGGUGACACCAAAUGGAAAAGUCGCCUAGACAAGAUGCUCGAACACGGUUUCAAAGUCUUCUUCCCCGAAGGCAUCUGCUAUGAGCCCUGGUGCGAAGCCUCCGGCUCAUGCACGACCGAUAUGCUGUCCUUCAAGGGCUACGUGCACCGCUGGUACUCGAGCGCCGCCAAAUUAGCGCCUUACAUCGAAGACCAAGUCAAGCCCGUCCUCACCAAGUCUGCCCAGGCCGCCGCCAAGGUGUGCACGGGCGGCAGCACAAAUCAGUGCGGCUUCAGCUGGUCCAAGGGCACAUUCGACGAUAGCCUGGGCGCGGGACAGGAGAUGAGUGCCCUUGGCGCCUUCUCGGCACUUCUCCUCGACGACGUUGCCGCCCCCGCAACGGCCAAGAAAGGAGGCACCAGCAAAGGUGACCCCAAUGCUGGGUCGGAGGCCAACAGCUUUUUAGAUGAUCAGGACCGCAUCACAACGGGAGACAGGGCCGGGGCUGGUAUCUUGACUUUCCUGAUUCUGGGGAGCGCCAUCGGCAUGUAUGGGUGGAUGAGUUUCGGCGGUGAUGCCUAG